UGUUUUUAGUUUGAACGUUGGCGCGGGCUAAAGAAGCUAACAGCUACAGAUUAUUCAUUAGUCUGAGCAGAAUAACUGAUUUUAUCUGUUUUCAGUCAAGAACAAACAUGAGUCACUGUGAGCUGGAGGAAGUGACCAAACACAUAAAUGACAAGAUAUCGCUUGUUAAGAGACUUUUAGAGCUCCGAGCAGUAGCAAAUGAUCCAGACAAGCGGGCGUAUCUGCUCAAAAUUGAGCAGGAUGUGAAUGCCAUGAAUGGGCUCCUAGAUCGGUUCGAGAGAUGCGUCACUCAGCAGAGAGACUUACUGAAACAUCUGCAGGAUCUGGACGGGUUCUUUCAGGAGGACGAACGGAACGCGCAGCACCUAAAGGAGAACAUCCCACCGCACAUGCCUCGCAGGGGACAGCUAACAGCAGCGCAAGGCGGGCCGGUGUUGCUUCCCAGCAAGCAGUCCGAGGUGAAUUCGGCCCCACAGGAACCAGAGCCGCCCAAGAAGCCCCUGCGGAGCCAGAUCAAAGAACUGGAGUUCAUCACCGUACAGGAAUUCGACAGCAUCCCACAGUACAUGAAAGGACGGGUGACGUACGACCAGCUGAACGCUGCCGUCAAGAACGUCAACACGGCCGUUACCGCCAAGUACAAGAUCCUCCAGCAGCCCGUCAAGAGUCUGAACAACGCCUCCCGAAAACUCCAUCAGAGGUUUAAAGAUCAGGAGACGAAGCACACUAAAGGUCAGUUCUUCGUGGUGGAGGAGGAUCUAUGUGAGCUGGCCCAGCUGAAGGUUGAUAAGCGCUUCGUUGGGAUGUUGAACAUGCUGAGACAUUGCCAGAGAUUAAAGGAGCUGCGCGGAGGCGGCCUGACCCGCUACCUGCUGCUGUAAUCGAUUUAUUUAAACAGCAGGGUCGGCUAACGGGUCAGUAAGAUGUACCGAUGUAAUAAACGCCGGUGUUCUGAUGUCGUAACAGAACGACCUGGGACUGAGCUGAGGGCUGAAGAACCUGCUCUGGUCUUCUUAAAACGCAUCCAGCUCAAGCCGUUCUCUCUAGUUGUUUCCCAAUAAUGAAUAUUGUAAUUAUGAUGGUGACGUGAUUUCAUUUCUCUGUAAUAAUAAUAAUAAUAAUAAAUAAUAAUAAAAGUUCAACCCUUUGUUUUUUUAUUAUUUUA